CUCGUCCCUUGGACUGUUUGAAAUUGAAACCCGCUUUCCAAUUUGCAGACGCGCCCCCAGUACCUGAUGAAGAUGCACAGUUAGCGCCCCUGUCGACCAAAACCUCAUACUGAAGCCAUCAUGGGCCUCAAGCGACAGAAACAAGCCAAGAAAACCAUUAGUUUCUACAAAUACAACUUCAGCGUCAGGGAACCUUUUCAGAUCCUCAUCGAUGGGACUUUUUGUCAGGCUGCUUUGAAGAACAAGAUUCAGAUCAAAGAGCAAAUGCCCAAAUACCUGAUGGGAGAGAUACAGCUGUGUACUACAAACUGUGCACUGAAAGAACUGGAGACUCUGGGAAAAGAACUGUAUGGAGCCAAAAUCAUCCUGCAGAGGUUUCAGUCGAGGAGAUGUGCACAUCUUAAGGACCCUGUCCCGGCUUCGGAGUGUCUGCUAUCCAUGCUGGGGGAGACAAACCCACACCACUACUUUGUUGCUACACAGGACCACACAGUAACGGCAGGCGUGAAGAAGAUCCCAGGCGUUCCACUGCUCUACAUCAUACUCAACACCAUCGUGCUGGACAAGCCCUGUCAGAAGUCCCUCGACCACGUCCAGGCCGUCCAGCUGGGAGAGCUGGUCAGCCCGUCCCAGCAGCAGAGCAUCCGCAGCCUGAAAGAGGAGCAGGGCAUCGCCCAGAAGGACGGAGAGAGGCGGGGGAAGAAGAGAAAGAGGAAACAGAGCCACCCUAACCCUCUGAGCUGCCUGAAGAAGAAGAAGAAGAAAGGUGGGCCGACACCGCCGAAGAAGAUGGAGCAGGGGGAGAACAAGAAAAGAAUUAGAAACAAGAAACGAAAGACGGAGGGAGGAGACAACAUGUCCACUCAUGCCAUUACACAUACAUAGUGCUGCAGGAAGACAGAGACUUCAGCCAUUUUGUUUCUGGCAUAAAUAUUAUUUGAUAAUGUCCCUAAUCCUAAUCUAAAAUACUUACAAUAUGUUCUGUUCUUCCAAUGUUACAGCAUAGAAUAAAUUAGUUUAUCACACAAAAUAACAUUUUUAAAUACUGCUCAUGGUAUUUGUUUUUACUAUAUAAAAAAAAUGUUGCAACAGUUUCCGAGACUCGCAGGCAUAAGACUGAAACUGUUCAGAAACAUAGCAAUAUUUUUGAGAUCGUGAAGAUUUGUCUUGGCUUUUAUACAAAAUAAAAAAGCAGCUUUACAGGCACAUAGUUUAGAAUACAAGAUGCACUCAGACAUUACAUGAUAUACAGUUUAUAUGGAAGUAGACAUAAAAAACAAUGCUUUUAGCCAUCUUUGCAGAAGCACAUGAAGUGUGGUCACAAUGAUUUUAUGGUCUGCUUUCGUUUUUGAUGUUUGCUCAAUUUAAUUUGUAACAUUUUCUCGUACGAUGAGUUUAGAAUCCAAACGACAACGUUUAUAACAAAUAUCCAUUUAGACUUCAUGAUUGUGUUAUCAAUCUUUAGAUUAAAAAAAUGUAUUACAAAAAUGAACUUAAUUCUCUUGAUAUAUAUCUAUUACAUCAAUAAAUGAAUGUUGAACAAGUAUCUACUUGAGAAGUUAUCCGUUGCUGCAUGUCACCCAGUUGUAACUAAAUGAUGAUUCAUAUAUACAAGGGACACUGGAUAAAUUGAAUCUGUCACAAACUUCAAGUCUUUUAAGAAUAAAAGAGCAACACGGUAAUAAAAAAUGGUUCCUGAAGCAAUUCCACUCUAAUAAAAUAUUUUGGGACUGGUUGAAACUGAAGCUCUUUUUUUUGUUCCAAGCUUAGUCCCAGAGCCAUAAUACAUACUAAUUAUAUACAGUGUGUACUAUAUACUACAUUUUUAUAGUAUAGUUUUUGCAGUUUAUUACAAGAAA